AUGCCAGAGCUGGCAGAGCUGAGCAGCCCCCGCACUCCUGCGGACGCAGACCACAUCCAGAGGAACAUCUUGGAGGAGCAUGUGGAGCUCUGGUGGUUCCAGGACCCCAAGAAGUCCAUCCUCUGCUACGGGAUGGCUGUGGUGCUGAUCCUGGCCUGCGGAAUUGGGGGCAUCAUCCUGCUGUAUAGCACUAGCAGCCGGUCUGGGGAGUGGCGGCUGGCCGUGGGCACCACGCUCUGCCUCCUGGCCCUGCUCGUGCUGCUGAAGCAGCUGCUGAGCUCUGCAAUCCAGGACAUGAACUGCAUCCGCAGCCGGGAUCAGAUCGAGCUCCUGAAGAGUGGGGGCUUCUCGGACUGCCUGGUGCUGCUGCUGAGCGCCCUGGUGCUGGUGGUCUGCGGGGUCGUGCUCACCAUCCUCUCCACCACAACCAUGCAGCUCAGCCCUGCACGGCCGCUGGCCAGCAUGUUCACCAGCGGGGUUGUCCUCCUGACUGCUGGUAGUGCCAUCCUCCUCUGCCUGCUGCUCUACCUGCUCUGCACCUCCUGCCGCCAGGCUGCUCCUCGGAGCCUGGAGACCGGCGAGAUCCGUGUCUUCACCAUCUCCGGCCGCCUGGCUGCAAACAGGCGGCUUCCUCCCACCUCCAGCAUGGCCAACCUGAUCUGA